AUGCCUUUGACAUCGGCCGUUGAGUACAGUCUCGGAAAUCGUCACACCCCUAAAAGUCUUGGGUGGACGAACGACACACCAUACGCAAAGCUCUAUGAGCUCCGAGUCCCUAAGGGUAAGGAACCAUACUUGGAAUUGCUGCCCAGAUGGACUGUUACUUUUGCGACACCACAGAGAGUCUACUUGGACAAACCGGAGAACCCGCAAAAGGACGAGUUCCCUUGCCAGUAUCCUGGCUCCUGCCCAAAUAAUAAGUCCAAUGUUUUCGGCAGACCGGCCGAUCUCGAGCGUCACUACAAGGUCGUCCACGCACCUGAUCAGAUAGAAACCUUUCCUUGCGACUAUCGUAAGUGUAACAGAUCAACAGAGCCGUUCACUCGCAAAGACCACUACCGCGACCACCUACGAGACUAUCACAAGGAGGACAUCGGUUCUGCGAAGACGGACAAGAUGGCUAAGAACAACAAGGAGAUAUAUGCGAAGUUGCAGCGAGAUUGGCUGAAGGAGAGACACACGAGACCAGGGUCUUGGAGGUGUGGGAAGUGUUUGGUCAAGGUGGACGUCAAAAUCCACGGCUGGGACUGUCCUGAGUGCAAAACCUCCUGUGAGGGGGAUCGCGUCAAGGUUCGCCAACUGCUAGCCGGGGAAAAUGGCAAGGCAGAGAAGGAAGAGACUUACGGGGAGUCAAUGGGAAUGGCCCUUGAGCAGAAUGAGUAUUACUCAUACUCGGGACCUACGGCUUGCUCUGUGUGUGAAGGGUCGGAGUGGAUCGAAGAUGGCUAUGGCGCUUGGCAACCAUGUGCACAUGCUCACACACAAGUGCAUUACUUGUAA